AUGGCUGCAAGUGGGACAAACACAUUGGAAAUCGAGGAGCCGAGACUUGAUGCACAAUCGCUGCUGCCGGGUCCAGCUGAGAACUACAUGUUGGUGGCAAAGAUUUUCGUGUGCACAAAUGGACAUAACGGGGCUACGGUGCCGCGGCCGAAGCACCGCAGUGCGGACAGCAACACAGUGGCAUGGCGCCGGCUUAUCAGCGGCAGAGGCCGGGCCAGACGGAUGAGACAAAUCUACAGUUCGAGUCUAGGCGAACCGCCUGAGGAAGGCGUGAUGAAAUGGGAUACCGCCAAUUGUGAUGCCAGUGUGCUCCUGCAAGUCGCGGCAGAGUGUGCCCGCAAUGGGCAAGGAAUCACGUUUCUGAAACUGCUUGUGCACUCGCCCACGGCAAGGCAAUUCGUGGGAGCGAGAGGAGUGGUGGUCACAUUCAAGCCGUGCAACCAGGAGAGUAUUACAUCCCUCAUUUACCUUCUACAUUAUUUUGAAGCCACGACUGUCGGAACCUGCUGUUGGAAGGUGCGAGGGUCGUAUGCCCAUACGCUAGCGCUAGCCUACAAAUAG